AUGCCCGAUUGCAGGGGCCGAUCUGUCAAUUCUGCCAGUUUUCCACUGUCGCCGAAGUCCAGCAACGACCGCUGUCCCACCGCAGCCACGCCGCUGUCGCUCCAAGCAACGCAGUCAUCCUUUGACCCAGACGCCGCUCUUCAGCAGGUGACCAAGGAGUUCCAGUCGAUCAAAAACUCAGAUUCCGUGCCUUCCGACGAGGCCGUGGUGCAAUUGCUGCGGAAAUGCCAGCAGAUCGUGGGAUACUUUGUCUCGCAGGAUCAGGACCAACAUGCGAAAGGCAGCAAGAAAGACGAGGCCAGCGCGACCUCCUCCCUGCUGGAUCUCGAGGAGAAAGCCGCGUCCGCGCCGCGGGCCAAGGUGACGCCAGGCGCUGAGCAGCGGGUGUCGGACUCCAUCUCGCAGAUCGCCAACGAGCUGCUCGAAGACGAGAAAGUUUUCAUAUCCCCCGAUGCACUGAAGUGCUAUACCAAGAUCCAGACACUCCUGAAACGGGCAGAUUAUUUCCCUCGGAUAUUCACCCUGUACGCCAACAAGCCCGUCCCGGAGCCCAACUCCUCCCCGGUGAGAUAUCGUCCGCAAAACCCCAAGAGCGUGAAAAACGCCAUUCCGUCCGAACUCGCCAACAUGGCUCUCGACGUGGCCGUCGAACAGAAGAAUCUGCCUCUCGCCCUGGCCAUUAUCGACACGACCUUCUGCACCCCAGCAUUCAAACGCGCCAAGAUCUUCAAGAAGGCAGCCCUGCCGUUGAGCGGACUGGCUGCGGCGCCUCUGGCGUCGUAUGCCCUGGCCUCGUGGUCCGCGACCUUACAGAACACCAUGGAUCCGGGCACGGCGACGGGCAUCGCGUUUUCCGCGAUCCUGGCCUACAUAGGGUUUACGUCGUCGGUGGGCAUCGUGGCCAUCACGACGGCGAACGAUCAUAUGGAACGCGUGGUGUGGUUGCCCGGCAUGCCGUUGCGGCAACGCUGGCUGAGGGAGGAAGAGCGGGCGGCGCUCGACAAGGUCGCCGUUGCGUGGGGGUUCAAGGAUCCCUGGAUGAGGGGCGAGGAGGAAGGUGAGGAAUGGGAGAGUCUCCGCGAGUUUAUCGGGAUGAGGGGCAUGAUCCUGGAUAAGUCGGAUCUGAUGGAGGGCAUGCAGUAG